AUGUCGCUUGGGGAUUUGGAAUGUCUCUUUGCAGAUUUUGGACUUGAAGGGGCUCGGAAUUUUUUUGCUUAUCCGCCAUUGUUGGUGGUUCUUAAUAAUUUUUAUCACGAUAGUCUUUAUCACAAUCGAUUUACUCAUUUCAAAAUAGCAGUUUUCAAAAACGUUUUCAAAAUUGAAAAAAAGUUAAGAAUAUGAUAAAGGUUAUAAUGAUAAAGGUUCGCCUCAGCGUCGGUGACAUAAUAAAACAUUUGUAGUCAUCGAAAUGUGAGAAAAUGAAUUUAAAUAAUAAAGCACUUAAUUGGAUUUCUACGCCAGGUGUUAUAUACCCCACGUACUACACAACUGAUAAGUUUGCCAAAAAUUUAUUUCUAUUUACACUAGAAAUUAGACAUAGGUUUUAUUAAUUAAGGUCUCAAACGCUUCGAACUGUUCAUAUGGACCGUGCUAGUUCGCAAGUUGGUAAUCUCGCCAGGUACAACUUUAAGAUAAAUAACUUAAACUAUUUUUUUCUUUCUCAAGUUUUUAGAAACACUAGAUAGAAUCAAGGAUUUGGAAAAAACAACACAACGAUUAUCCGAGAUACAACGUCAUGAACAUAGAGCAUUUGUAUUUCUCCACGUUAGUCAGUUUGCAAUUGAUGAAUACGGUAGGACGCCCCUGCACUAUGUUGGCCAAUUUGGCAUUUUUCAACACGUAGUGGGCUACCAUGCAGUUGUAAACAAUAAUGAUUGCGAUGGUAGAACUGCAUUACACCUGGCGUGCAUACCUAGUGAUCGCACCAUUUGUGGUUUAUAUGGCUUCGUGAUUCCCCGGACAGAAAAAUUAAAACGCACUUGCGAAAUUUUAGUUGAAAUUGGAGCAAAUAUAAACGCCCUAGAUAGUGAAGGUCGAACACCAUUACACUAUGCGGCCAUGUAUAAUCAAGACUUGGUUCCUGCACUAAUCUCACUUAAAGCAAAUAUUUUUUCCAUUGACGAAAAUGGUAAAACGCCUCUUGAUUAUGGUUUCAAGCACGGUAAAACUACAGCUAUAAAAAAUCUACUUGAAAACUAUGCAAACCAAAAAACGGACGAGAAAAGCUUACUGAUGAAAGACAUCAAUUGUGUUGAUGAAGAAGGCAGAAAUAUUCUACACUGUGCCGCAGGGGUUUCCAAUCCUGCAGUAAUAACGAAACUCCUUGAUGCUGGAGUUAGCUUGAACGUUGUUGACAAAAACGGAAAAUUUGCUUUGGAUUAUGCAUUUGCAAGGCGGGACUUUCAAAUUUCGGUUGUGCUACUUGAUCGUAUAUUAGAAGAAAACAAGCAAAAACCAGAUCAGCUACCUGUUGCCAUGACACAAUAUUUGAGGAUGAAAGAUGAUAAUAAUCGAACAAUGUUACAUCACUCAGUAAUGCAUUCCAAACAGAAUGUCUUGGACACACUAUUAAAGCAUGGAGUUAGCUUGAACGAUCUUGACGAUUUAGAUAAAUCUGCUUUAUGUUACGCGACAGAGCAAGAAAACACGGUUGCCGCCAUGAAGCUAAUUGAAGCUGGGGCCAGUGUCGAAGGACCAGCAGUUUCAUAUCAUUUCAUGAGAUAUGAUGGCUGGAAAAGUAAAUAUUUACAUUACGCGGCAGAGUGGGGUUACAUCGUUGCUGCCAUGAAGCUAAUAAAAGCUGGAGCCAGUGUAAAAGGGAAAGAUAAUGAAGGACGUACAGUUUUACAUCUUGCUGUACAACAUGGUAAUGAAAAGCUUCUUGAUCUGCUAAUAAAAAAUAAAGCAAGUGUGAACGAUACGGACAACAGAGGGAAAUCUGUUUUACAUUACGCGAUAGAGCGAGGUAACACGGUUGCCGCCAUGAAGCUGCUUGAAGCUGGAGCCAAUGUAGAAGGGAAAGAUAAGGAAGGACGAACAGUUUUACAUCUCGCUGCACAACACGGCACUGACGGCAGAGAAGACCUGCUUGACCAAUUAUUAAAGAAUAAUGCAACUUUGAACGACCUUGACCUCGGAGGUAAAACUGCCUUGCAUUAUGCUUUAGAGAAUGCUUUAGAAACGGGUAACCCAACUUUUGCGUUUAAGCUCUGCGAAGCAGGAGCGAAAGCACCUUUGGUGAAAGACAGUCUAGGCAUGACAUUAUUACACUAUGCUGUACAGGACAAUAAACUCGACGAUCUUGAUAUUCUGUUAAAGUGUAAAGUGCAUUUAAACGACUACGACGGAAAAGGCAAAGCGGCUUUGCACCACGCAGAGAACUCUCGCAAUGUCGUCGCAAUUGAAAAGCUCCUUGAAGCCGGAGCUGACAUCAACGUUCAAACUACUGAGGAGAAAUUUACACCUUUACACCUUGCUGCAAUGCGACGUCAUGACGAAAUUAUUGAAUUACUUCUCGACCAUAACGCUAAUCCUGGCGUUGAAGAUUAUAUUGGACGAACUGCACUGAAAUACGCUCGAAAUUCCCAUCGCCACACUGACAUUAUUAAGAGGAUGGAAGAAGCCAUUGCUAACCUCUCACUGGAAUUAAGGCAGUGA